AUUUAGUUUAGUUAGUCACUGCGCUUUUAAUAUUUGUCAGGAAUGUAUGGGUUAAAUCUAUGGGUUGUUUUAUGGACAGCGUGACUGAAUUAUGUUUAUGUAGUUAAACACCAAAGGCAUUUAAGGAGUCGGUGCUUGUGCGAAUAUUCCAGGGGAAUAAUCCUCAAUACCGAGAACAUUCAGACACUGGAGAGCAGUUUUGACAUUUCUCAUCGCCAAGGUGCACUCGAUAACUAUCCACUCUUACUAUCGGAUUAUGGAUUUAUUUCUCAUGAGCGACAGUCAUGCGCUCGGCAUGUGUUUUCUUCUGCAAGAUGUUUCGGCGCGUGUGUCUCCCUCUUUAACUUGACAAUUACAAGCUACGACCCCGAGAGCUGUCAUUCUGUGAGCUUUUCUAUCUACAAUAACGAACUGAGAAGGAACUUGCUGCUUUAGCAAGUGACAGUUUCUCCUUAACACUGACAGCAGAUGAGGGCGAAACGUUUGUGUUGCUGUUUCCAUGCGUGACAAUCCCACAAGGACAUAAAGGAGUAAUUAUGCCCUUAAGAAAACGAGACACAGCCAGGGCAAUAAGCCUCAUGGAGGACUACUGCUCCAAACUGAAGAAACCAGAGGAACAACAGCUCAAAACUGCCAUCUUAAGAAUCAUGGGCAUUUUCAAAAGCAGUCUUUUCCAGGCUCUCAUAGAUAUUCAGGAGUUUUAUGAAGUGACCCUGCUGAACUCUCAGAAGAGCUGUGAGCAGAAGCUGGUGGAGGUGAAUCACAUGGCUGAGCAGUGGGAACACACUGCCACCAAUUCGACAUUACCCACAGAGGGUCCGCAGCCAGCUUCCACACCGCCAGAGCUUAGAAAGGAGAGCUGCAUGGAGCUGACAGUGGAGGAGCCUGCCGCAGGAACCACCAAUACGGAGAAUAGGCCUCCAGCGGUACAGGGCUCCCAGCACCAAAGCCACUCUCCAGCAUGUGUGAAUCCAGCCCUGAUGAGCUCCCCCUGGUACCGGUAUCAGGAUGAUGAUUCCCCUCCUCCGGAACACAACUUCCCGCGGCUCACCAAUGAAGUUCGAGCUCCGGAGCUGGUGCACGUGUCGGAGAAGAACCUCUCAGAAAUCGAGAAUGUGCACGGCUACGUUUCCCACUCUCACAUUUCACCGCUUAAGCCUGCGCUGGUUACCCGGUUUGAUCUAACAUACCCGGGGGUGACCGCAGCAAACUACCUGGCAAGUCCUGCCCCAAUUAUUGUCAACACGGACACUUUGGAAUCUGUACCAUACGUAAAUGGGACAGAAAUUGAAUAUGAAUUUGAAGAGAUUACAUUAGAGCGGGGUAACUCAGGGUUGGGGUUUAGUAUAGCGGGUGGUACAGAUAACCCUCACAUCGGUGAUGAUCCCGGGAUCUUCAUCACGAAGAUCAUCCCUGGGGGAGCGGCGGCUGAAGACGGCAGACUCAGAGUGAAUGACUGUAUUUUGCGUGUGAACGAAGCAGAUGUCUCGGAGGUGUCUCACAGUAAGGCAGUUGAGGCUCUGAAAGCGGCCGGAUCGAUUGUUAGACUCUAUGUGCGCAGGAGGAGACCGAUGCUGGAGACCGUCACCGAAAUCAAACUCAUAAAAGGACCAAAAGGGCUCGGCUUCAGUAUUGCGGGUGGUGUGGGAAACCAGCACAUCCCGGGUGAUAACAGCAUUUAUGUCACAAAAAUCAUCGAUGGGGGCGCUGCGCAGAAGGACGGUCGGUUACAAGUUGGAGACAGACUGCUUAUGGUGAAUAACUACACUCUAGAAGAAGUGACCCAUGAAGAAGCAGUGGCCAUAUUGAAGAACACGUCAGAUGUGGUAUACCUAAAGGUUGGGAAACCCACUAGUGUCUAUCUCUCAGACCCCUAUGGGCAGCCUGAUAUCACACACUCAUUCUCACCCGCAAUGGAAAAUCAUAUCUCUUCCCCCGGUAAUAACGGCACUCUGGAAUAUAAGUCCAGUCUUCCGCCCAUCUCCCCCGGCCGAUAUUCCCCCCUGCCCAGGCACUUGCUGGGGGAAGAGGACAUUAACAGGUUGGAUGGUUUUUCCUUCCUACGAAAUCCCUCGUUAGAUGAGAUGGAAGGUCACAGGUUUGAUUCCCAGCACUUCCAGUUGAGGCCUCCAGAGCCAGUUUACAGCACUGUGAACAAACUGAGUGACCGCGCCCCCUCUCCCCGUCUCUACUCCCCCGUGGAGUUUGAUAAAAGCCCCAUGCACUCAAUCCCCCACUUCCCUCACUAUCACGUAGGCCUGCUCCCUGACUCCGAGAUCACCAGGGAGCCCAGGAAGAUCGUUCUGCACAAGGGCUCGACCGGGCUGGGCUUCAACAUCGUUGGAGGAGAAGAUGGAGAAGGCAUUUUCGUCUCCUUCAUACUCGCAGGAGGGCCAGCAGACCUCAGUGGAGAGCUGCGGAGAGGAGACCAGAUCCUAUCCGUUAAUGGAAUCGAUCUGCGAGGUGCCACUCAUGAACAAGCUGCAGCUGCACUGAAAGGAGCGGGGCAGACGGUAACCAUCAUCGCCCAAUACCGGCCCGAGGAACUUGCCCUGUGCUCCCCACGCCGGGCCCAGCCUCCAACUGCAGAAUACGGGCGUUUCGAGGCCAAAAUUCAUGACUUACGAGAGCAGAUGAUGAACCACAGCAUGAGUUCUGGAUCCGGAUCCCUCAGAACCAAUCAGAAACGCUCACUCUAUGUCAGGGCUCUGUUUGACUAUGAGAGAGCGAAGGAUAGUGGUCUGCCCAGUCAAGGUCUCAGUUUCCGAUAUGGAGACAUCCUCCAUGUCAUCAAUGCAUCUGAUGAUGAGUGGUGGCAGGCCAGGAGAGUGACGCCAGAAGGGGACAGUGAAGAGAUGGGCGUCAUCCCCAGCAAGAGGAGAGUGGAGAGAAAAGAGAGAGCUCGGCUGAAGACGGUUAAAUUCAACGCAAAACCCGGUAGCCUCGAUUCUAAAGGGUCAUUCAGUGAAAAACGUAGAAAGAACUUCAUCUUUUCACGCAAGUUCCCUUUCUACAAGAACAAGGACGCCGACGAGCAAGACGGCAGCGACUCGGAACGGAGUCAAGAGGAACUGAUCCUCUCCUAUGAGCCUGUCAUCAGACAAGAGAUUAAUUACGCCAGACCAGUUAUAAUCUUGGGGCCCAUGAAGGACAGAAUCAACGAUGACCUCAUCUCAGAGUUCCCGGACAAGUUUGGGUCAUGUGUGCCACAUACUACCAGACCAAAGCGGGAUUAUGAAGUGGAUGGGAGAGAUUAUCACUUUGUGACCUCUCGAGAGCAGAUGGAGAAAGACAUCCAAGAGCACAAGUUCAUCGAGGCUGGACAGUACAAUGACAAUCUGUACGGAACCAGUGUCCAGUCUGUCAAAUAUGUGGCUGAGAGGGGUAAGCACUGCAUACUUGACGUGUCUGGGAAUGCCAUAAAACGACUACAAGUAGCACAACUCUACCCCAUUGCCAUCUUUAUAAAGCCUAGAUCCAUUGAGACCUUAAUGGAGAUGAAUAAGAGGUUGACAGAAGAACAGGCCAAAAAGACAUAUGACCGUGCCAUGAAACUGGAGCAGGAGUUUGGCGAGUACUUCACAGCGCUGGUUCAAGGGGACACACUAGAGGACAUUUAUAACCAGUGUAAGAUGGUGAUAGAGGAACAGUCUGGACCUUACAUCUGGAUUCCCUCAAAAGAAAAACUAUAAAAAAAAUCACCUUACCCUGGUAGGGACCUUGGACUGCAAAAAAACAAAACAAAACAAAAAAAAACAUAGGAAUAAUUUGUAAUAUAAUAUAAAUUAUUAUUAUGGCAAUGUUUAUUGUUAACUCUUACAGUGAUUUUAUUUUGUUUGUUUGUUUGUUUGUUUAUUUUACGUUGCAUUUUUUUCACUUUCAAUAUGAAUGUUCCUGAAUGUACACCACAAAGUGUUAGAAGCAUUUUUGGUCUCAACAAAAAAGUGGACUCUUUGUUUGUAUAUUUAUUGGUUAGCAUUUUAAUUUAAGGAAAAAUGGAAACAAAAUUUAGCGCUGAGUAUUCUUCUUCAAACAAUCUUCAGUUGGGAUUUCGAGCAGAAGGACAAAGAAGUAGGUCAGAUCAUCACGGAUGAUUUCCACGCACCAUCACCACCUCCAAGAAGGAAAAAAAAUCAAUGUUGAUAUCAGCUUUUGUCACCUUUCACCCAACCGGUUGGUUUCACACACCUCCCAGACUCAUUUCACAAACUCAGCAUCUAUGCACUCCUGUGGCUAACAACACACACAUUGAUUGUGUUCUCUUUUUUUUUUUUUUUGUAUUUGUAUUAUUUUGUUAAUUUUAUUUUGUACAGACAUCCAUUUUGUUUGAGAACAUUACUUUGAAGAUUUAGUUCAACUUGUACAUUAUUUCUAAUGGAUCCUUUCAGAAAAGGAUUAAAAGAUGCUUUAGUUAGUGUAAACGGCUGAGGGGAUUCAACUAGCUGUAGGAUAUAUGACACUAUAUUUUGCUAUUUAUAUUGAUAGAGGACACAACAGCACAGAAAAUAUUUAUAAAGAUGAUAUAUAACUUUGUCUAAAGAAUCAUUUUGGAAAAGAGAUUUUACUGGGACUGGUGUAUCAUCUUGUGUCAUUGCUGUUGUGCUGGUGAGAAUGAAAGGUAAUGAGUGCAUGUUUUCCCUGAACAAAACUCCCCUUAUCCAUCCAAUUCCGGAAUCCUCUAAAUCUAAACUGACUGAGAGUUCUGAAAUCUCUGGAACUCAUAGAACUUUAAUUGGCUGAGGAUUCUAUUGUUUGAAUUGAGUGCGUUUCAGCAUUGUUCAGUCUGGAUAACAGGAAGGAGCUUGAUGUUUGCGAAUCAUUCAUUGAACGGUUAUUCAGUCGCGGCCUCCCUCAAGCACCCUCUAAAGUGUUUACAGUACCUCAACUACAGUUCAGAGAGAAAUUGAGGGCCAAAGGGACAAGGUCUGCAAGCAGUCCUGUCUUAAAAGCUUUUACGUAAAUGUAGUAUAAAGAUCUCGGAAUCAUUUUAGUUUGUUGUUUUUUCCAUUUUGGCAUGCUUUAAACUUGUGGCUUCCUGUCCACUCAUUCGCAAUGCAUACUUCGGUCAUUCGUGCCCUUUCCAUGUCUAGUUGAGAGAGAUUCCCGUCCUUCUACAUUAAUAGUAAAGCUCUCGCCAUUCGUGGAAACUACAAAUGCCAAAAGCCAUUAACUCUGCUCACUCGUUUCAAAUGUGGGGGGAAUUAUUUGUUGCAAUAUUUAUUGGGAGAUGUUACAGCACGGUUCUGUGGCAAGAGUCUUUUGACCUACUGGUCACCACUUGCCUUAAAAAAAGGGAAGAGGCUUUUCGGGCCAGAUAGACAUUUUUUACGCUUUCUUGAAGACUGAGCACUUUUGUAUAUUUGAGAAAUUAUUCACAGAUUGUGUUCAACCAGAUAGUGGACACAGAGGGGGAUUUUCAGAAGAGAGGGACUGAAUAUCACAGUGAAGCUCUUCAGGGUGUAAUAUGAAAUUUCUUUGAAUAACAAUAGAUAAUGUAUAUGUUAUUAUGACAUUGUAAACCAUGGACGGCAUCAGUGACUAUCAGAAUAUAAACUGAACAUUUUAAAUGCUGUGAAAUAAUUUUUUCCUCUUCUACAUACAUGUGUACAUUUUUUUUUCUCCUUAUUCAAUGUGAUUGUUCUAUCAUCUGUAGCAUAUCAUUUUCUAAAUUUAGUUCUAAAUGCACACAAUGGAUCAUAAAAGCAUCUCACAGGAUUUAGGAUACCCUUCAUGUUAAAAUAUUUGCUUUUAAAUCUAUUGGUAUGAUUAUUAGGUAAUCAAAAGUGCAUCUCAAUUACUGAUGCAGUGGCUUUAAUGAAAAUCAAAACCCUGCAGAUUGUACGCACUUGAACGAGGCUCUCCGAAACCUUAUGGUGCUCAUAGUCUGAUUUGGUCCAUUAAUUCCAAGUGAAUGUUCAGCUUAGUCAAACGUGCUGAAAUGGGGUUGUUUUUGUCUCAGGGUUGCCAGAUAGGGCUUAAUCACUGAUAUUAAACCUUCAGAUCAAAGUGCAUCUGUUUAUCACCUAAAUCUCAAAUGUUUUAUUCCUGAUACCUGCGUUGCAUUUAGUCUAUUCCUUUGUUCUGGAACGUCUGUGUCCGGUGAGUUCGCUUUGUGAUUUAUUUAUCCCCAAACGGGCAAUGCAAAAUAUUUUCCACACAUUGUUUUUUUUUUUUUUUCCUCCCUGAAACCCAAAUGAUAUGUGCAAUUUUGUAUAUAAAUAUCUGUUUGCACUUAUUGUAGUUGUAUAGGAGAUCUUUAAUUAACACUGUCCCCAAACCUCUCUGUUUUUUCUAUUUAUAUCACAGGAGAUUAAAGUUAAAUUAUUAAACACUUACAUCCCC